GAGGCCUUGUCUCUUAAAAAAAAAAAAAGGAUUGAGCAAGCCAAGCUCAGUCCUCUGAUGCAGUGCACUCAUUCAUCCCCUUUCUCAGGCUGUGUUGUUUCUAGGCAAGCUGCUGUCUUUCUUUGGUAGGCUGCUGACCUCCCUGGAUUGUGAAUUUAAAACGUGUUUUACAGUAAAUUUGCUGCCAAGACAAGAGGUGAAUUUCUCCAGCAAUGAAUUCCUCGUUUCACCUGCAUUUCUUGGAUCUCAACCUGAAUGCCACAGAGGGCAACCUUUCAGGACCCAGUGUCAGAAACAAGUCUUCGCCCUGUGAAAACAUGGGCGUCGCUGUGGAGGUGUUUCUCACUCUGGGUGCCAUCAGCCUCGUGGAGAACAUCUUGGUUAUAGGGGCCAUAGUGAAGAACAAAAACCUGCACUGCCCCAUGUACUUCUUCGUAUGCAGCCUGGCGGUGGCCGACAUGCUGGUGAGCAUGUCCAACGCCUGGGAGACCAUCACCAUCUACCUGCUCAACAACAAGCACCUAGUGAUAGCAGACGCCUUUGUGCGCCACAUUGACAACGUGUUUGACUCCAUGAUCUGCAUUUCCGUGGUGGCGUCCAUGUGCAGCUUGCUGGCCAUUGCGGUGGAUAGGUACGUCACCGUCUUCUAUGCCCUGCGCUACCACCACAUCAUGACGGCGAGGCGCUCGGGGGCCAUCAUCGCCGGCAUCUGGGCUUUCUGCACCGGCUGCGGCAUCGUCUUCAUCCUGUACUCCGAGUCCACCUACGUCAUCCUGUGCCUCAUCUCCAUGUUCUUCACGAUGCUCUUCCUCCUGGUGUCUCUGUACAUACACAUGUUCCUCCUGGCGCGGACUCACGCCAAGCGGAUGGCGGCUCUGCCCGGGGCCAGCUCUGCGCGGCAGAGGACCAGCGUGCAGGGCGCGGUCACCCUCACCAUGCUGCUGGGCGUGUUCAUCGUGUGCUGGGCCCCGUUCUUCCUGCAUCUCAUUUUAAUGCUUUCUUGCCCUCAGAACCUCUACUGCUCUUGCUUCAUGUCUCACUUCAAUAUGUACCUCAUCCUCAUCAUGUGUAACUCCGUGGUGGACCCUCUCAUAUAUGCCUUCCGCAGCCGGGAGAUGCGCAAGACGUUUAAGGAGAUUAUUUGCUGCCGAGGCUUCCGAAUCGCCUGCAGCUGUCCCGGAAGGGAUUAAGUACAAAGUGCUCCUCUCUGUGGCUCUGUUCUCCUUUGUUUGCUCGCCUGUGACAAAGGGACAGCCAAGGGUAGGCGGGAGUGCUAGCAUCCCCUUUCUCUCGUUACCAGCUCAGACAUGGGCCUAAGAGGCUCUGUCUGUUCAGUUCCUGGUGAUUGUGUCCAACAUG